AUGCAUAUAAUACCUGUAGAAAUUACAGUAAACAUGAGUGGGGAUUCCAACUUGCCGCAUAUUGAUAUGUUCGUGGAUGAGAAGAAUGCCGAAGACAGCGUUAUAACUAUCGCCAGGAUGGUACGCCCGGAAUGGAAUGACAAAGACAUCAAGGUUAAGGUAUUUUCUGGAGGCAUUUCCAACAAACUUGUCGGCUGCUACGUCCCACCCAACAAGGAUGAGAUCCUGCUAAUGAGGAUCUAUGGCAAGAAAACAGAGCUCCUGGUGGAUCGGAAGAGGGAGAAGGAAACGUUUCAGAUCCUUCACAAGGCAGGGUGCGGACCAAAGCUCCAUGCUUCGUUCGAGAACGGUAUAUGCUAUGACUUUGUGCCUGGUGUGAUCCUCGACGAAAAGACUGUACGGGAGGAGAGGAUAUACAAGUUGGUUGCUCAUGAGAUGGCACGGAUGCAUCUAGUAGAGGCCAACGGAGGAAAAGCGCCCUCUUCAGAGCUAUCUAAUAAACUCAAUCAUUUUAUCUCCCUCACCCCUGACCGCUUUGAGGACCCCAAGAAACAAGAAAUAUUUGAAAGGCGAAUUAUGCCACGAUCGGAGCUUAUUACAGAAGCCAACAUGUUGAUGUCUCUUGUGUCAAAUCUAGGCCUCCCAGUAGUCUUUUCACACAAUGACUUACUGCUAGGAAACAUUAUACUUAAUACAGAGAAAAGUAAAGUUAGUUUUAUAGACUACGAGUAUGCGAUGUACAACUACCUCCCGUAUGACAUAGGAAACCAUUUCUGUGAAUUUCCAGGUAUUGAGGAAGUCAACUAUGACCUCUAUCCUGAAAGGGAAUUCCAGUUGAAAUGGAUUCGUGAAUACCUGAAGGCUCGUUAUUCUUUGCAAGGAGAGAAUAAAGCAGUUACUGAUAAAGAAGUUGAGAGGAUGUAUGCCAUCGUAAACAAGUUUGCGUUGGUGUCUCAUUUUUUCUGGGGUGUAUGGUCCAUUGUGCAGGCUUGCCACUCAACUAUAGACUUCGACUUCUUAGAUUAUGCCAUUACACGACUAGAUGAAUACAAGAGACGGAAACCUGCGUUCCUUGCUCUACCUAUCCCAGAAUGAACCAGCGUAUCACUGCAUCAUCCCAGACCAAACCAGUACAAGCUGGAUUAAACUAGUUUGAUCCAGUUUCAAGCUCUACUUAUUCCGGAAUAAACCAACAUAUCACUGCAUCAAUUCAGACCAAUCCAGUACAAAUGGGAUUAAACAAGUUUGACUGAGUUUCAAGCUCUACCUAUCCCAGAAUGAACCAACAUAUAUAUAUAUAUCACUGUAACAAUCCAGAUAAAAUCAGUGCAAACUAGUUUAAACUAGUUUGGUUGAGUUUCAAGCAGUAUCUUUUCAAGAAUGAACUAGUGCAUUACGGUGUUGAACGAGACCAAACAAAAACAAGCACUAACUGGAUAAUAAUAAUAAUAAU